UCUCUCUCUAUAGCUUUACACAAAAAAGAGCUUCUCUCUCUCAACAGAGAAGAAGCCUACACAAAAAAGGGUUUCUCUCUCUCUCUUCCAACAGAGAAAAAGCUAUGUUUCUGUACCAUCCAUUUCCAACAGAGAAGAAGCUCUCCACCUUGGUUUUCUUCUCUUCCUCUUCCCUGUGCCAAGGCUCUCCUCUUUGGCGGAGGGUUGGCGGUUAUUACAACUUGGCUGAGGCCUCUGGUUUGAUUUUUGAAAGGUAUUUUGAGCUCGAUUACCUCCUAGGGAGAGAAAACUCAGGUUCGGUAACGUUUCAAAUCCGUAGGGUAUUGGGCUUGUCAAUCUAUUACAUGUCAAAGUAAGUGGAGUGAGAGAAGUGCAGUUCGAAGUGCUUUCAGGUAUCGUGCCGAGAAGCUGGUUAUUUGAUAGUAUCAGACCCUUCAAAUUAUACAAAGACCCAAUGUUCGAUGGAAUCGGGCCUCUCAGAUAAUUGAACCUUAGAGAGACGUUUUUUCAGAUUUGAGAGCUCGACGAGCGAGAAAGGUAUCCUCCCUGUUAGGUUAUUCGCGUGUGGUAUCAGGAGCUCCAAUACCCUAUGAGCUCCCCAUGUUGAGGAGAAUGGCUCUCAACAACCAAUUCCCUCUAAAGAUUUAUAAACGCAAACCAAGAUGUUGUCGGAUGCAUGUGUUAAUAGCAAAGACACAUGAUAACUACAAUAGGCAUUUUUAUAAAUGCUCUAACUGGAAGAAUGAGACUGGAUGCGGCUAUCUAGAGCGGUGUAAUGAAAUUCUAGGUGAAGAUAGGAAAUCUGUGGUUAAAAGGUUCAUGUCUCAGAGGUCAGAUGCUUGUGUUGCUGAUGGAGUAGAUGCAUCUUCAUAUGAAAAAAGCGAAGUGCAAAUCUGUUGCUAUGGUCCAUGAGAAAGUAGACCUUCAAAAAAUUAUUCUCAUAUGUAUAAUUUUAUUUAUGAUAUUGAUGUUUGCUCUCCUA